UCGCAUUCUCUGCCUUCGUCCCUUUCGGCAAGGCGGCCCCCUCAGUCCACGAGGGACCGGCGCUCAGGGAACCCCCGCAGCCGGACGGGGCCGGGCAUCCGAGGACCUGCGGGCUGCUCGGGGGGCGGGCCGAGCCUGGCGGGGGCCGGACCCUUGGCCUCGGUCCCAGGGGGCGGCGCUGCGACGCGAACGGUCCUGGUCCCUCCCAGGCGGGAGCAGAACAGGCGGUGCCCGAGCAGCUACGGAGCCAUGGACGGCAGCGGGCCCUUCAGCUGCCCCAUCUGUCUAGAGCUGCUCCGGGAGCCGGUGACGCUGCCCUGCGGCCACAACUUCUGCCUGGCCUGCCUGGGCGUGCUCUGGCCGCACCGCAGCGCGGGUCGCACGGGAGGAUCCGGAGGCGCGGCCCGCUGCCCGCUGUGCCAGGAGCCCUUCCCCGACGGCCUGCAGCUCCGCAAGAACCACACGCUGUCUGAACUGCUACAGCUCCGCCAGGGCUUGAGCCCGAGACCCAUGCCUUCCCCGGCCCCCACCCCGGCCCGGGGCGCGACGCCGGAACCCUCGGCCCCCAGCGCGCCACCCAGCGCUCCGGAACCGUCGGCUCCCUGCGCACCCGAGCCAUGGGGGGCGGGCAAAGAGCCGGUGCGCUGCGACGCGUGCCCCGAGGGCGCGGCCCAGCCCGCGGCGCUCUCCUGCCUCUCCUGCCUGGCCUCCUUCUGCCCCGCGCACCUGGGCCCGCACGAGCGCAGCCCCUCACUGCGUGGGCACCGCCUGGUGCAGCCGCUGCGCCGGCUGGAGGACAGCCUUUGCCCGCGCCACCUGCGGCCGCUGGAGCGCUACUGUCGCGCCGAGCGCGUGUGCCUGUGCGAGGCCUGUGCAGCCCAGGAGCACCGCGGCCACGAGCUCGUGCCGCUGGAGCAGGAGCGCGCGCUCCAGGAGGCAGAGCAGCCCAAAAUCCUGAGCGCUGUGGAGGACCGCAUGGAUGAGCUGGGUGCCAGCAUUGCACAGUCCCGACGAACAGUAGCCCUCGUCAAGAGCGCAGCUGUGGCAGAGCGGGAGAGGGUAACCCAGCUGUUUGCCGAGGCUGUGGCCACCCUGCAGCGCUUCCAGACCGAGGUUCUGGGCUUCAUUAAGGAAGGGGAAUCCACCAUGUUGGGCCACUCCCAGGGUGACCUGCAGCGACAGGAAGAACAGCGCAGCCGCCUAAGCAGGGCCCGCCACAACCUCAGUCAGGUCCCUGAAGCCGACUCAGUCAGCUUCCUGCAGGAGCUCCUGGCACUACGGCUGGCCCUGGAGGAGGGGUGUGGCCCUGGUCCUGGCCCCCCCAGGGAGCUCAGCUUCACCAAGUCCUCCCAAGCCAUCCGGGCGGUGAGAGACGUGCUGGUCUCGGCCUGUGCCAGCCAGUGGGAGCAGCUGCAGGGGCUGGGCAGUGACGAGGAUGGGCUGCAGAAGCUGGGCUCAGAAGCUGAUACAGAGCCCCAGGACCCUGACAGCACCAACCUCCUGGAGAGUGAGGCUCCCAGGGACUAUUUCCUGAAAUUUGCCUACAUCGUGGACUUGGACAGUGACACGGCAGACAAGUUCCUGCAGCUGUUCGGAACCAAAGGUGUCAAGAGGGUGCUGUGUCCUAUCAACUACCCCGAGUCACCCACCCGCUUCACCCACUGCGAGCAGGUGCUGGGUGAGGGUGCCCUGGAUCGGGGCACCUACUACUGGGAGGUGGAGAUCAUCGAGGGUUGGGUCAGUGUUGGGGUCAUGGCUGAAGGCUUCUCCCCACAAGAGCCCUACGACCGGGGCCGGCUGGGCCGUAAUGCACACUCAUGCUGUCUGCAGUGGAACGGACGUGGCUUCUCUGUCUGGUUCCACGGGCUGGAGGCCACACUGCCCCACGCCUUCUCGCCCACGGUCGGGGUCUGCCUGGAGUAUGCUGACCAUGCCCUGGCCUUCUACGCCGUGCGCGAGGGGAAGCUGAGCCUUCUUCGGAGGCUGAAAGCCUCACGGCCACGCCGGAGUGGCGCCCUGGCCUCCCCCACUGAUCUCUUUCAGAGCCGCCUGGACAGUCACUUUGCAGGGCUCUUUACCCACAGGCUUAAGCCUGCUUUCUUCUUAGAGAGUGUAGACGCUCAUCUGCAGAUUGGGCCCCUCAAAAAAUCCUGCAUAUCGGUGCUGAAGAGGAGGUGAUAUGGGGCCAGCCUCCUCCUUCAGUGGCCUUAACCUCUGGGAAGGACCUCCUUAGUGUCCCACACACACCCCCUCCCAGCCUCCUCAGUUCUGGAGAUCUCUGCCUUCUAUAAUUUGCCCUUCUACCUUUCAGUGAGGAGGUUCCCCCAGCACCUGUCCCCCAGAGGACUUGUUUUGUUCAGCUGGUGCAGAUCCAGGCUGCCCCAAACCCUUCUUUUCCAGAUUUCUCCAACACUGCCUGGCACACAGUCGGUGCUCAAUAAACACUUGUUGAAU